AUGCCCUACGUCGAAGCUAUCGUGGCCGGAAUGAUGGAUCCAGCCUCCUCUGGCAUCGUUACAUCUAUCGCAGACUCUGUCAGCGAUGCUGCGCUGAAAAAGGGGCCUCAUCCCACCUAUUUCCGUUUGUUCAGCUUCUUGAGCACAUUUCAUAUUUCCAUUUCAUCAUUAUCUUCAAUCCAUCACCCGUCAGACCUGCAGAGCAGAACGACGUUUUAUUUCUUUACCAUGAGCCAGUAUAAAGAGAUCCAAAUCAUCAUGUCCUUUAAGCCCUGCACCACAAACACCACCACCUCCUCCAUGAACAACAGAAAGAUUUCAUGUCAUGACUGCCUCUUUGGCCCUCUGAGGUCAUGGGCAAAGACGAAAUUUGGAAAGAAGCCUACAUAUGUUGAGCUGCAUGAUGACUUUGAGCCUUUGCUUGAUGAGAAGAGAGCACCUAGGCCUACCUAUGAAGUAUCCAAGAUCAUGCGCACUGCUACACCACGAACGAUUAAACGAUACAACCGGCUGCCUUGA